AUUCUCCUAGCCAUGGGCCGGGGGUCCCGGAGAACUCGGGGGUUGCCGCUGCCGCUGCUACUGCUGCUGCUGCUUCCCUCGUGGCGGGUGUGGGGCGCUCGGGGCCAUGCAGGAAAUGUCCCUGGAGAGACAGUUACCCCCCACUGGGUCCUGGAUGGCCGACCCUGGCUCAAGGUCACUCUGGAGGUAUCAAGGCUAGAUGUGGGGCUGGUGGCCAUGGCAGCAGAAGGCCAGGAUCUCCUGCUUGAGCUGGAGAAGAACCACAGGCUGCUGGCCGCAGGAUACACAGAAACCCACUACGGCCCAGAUGGGAAGCCAGUGGUGCUAGUCCCCAACCACACGGAUCAUUGCCACUACCAUGGGAAGGCAAGGGGCUUCCAAGACUCCUGGGUAGUCCUCAACACCUGCUCUGGGAUGAGUGGCCUGAUUACCUUCAGCAGAAAUACCAGCUAUUACCUUCAUCCCUGGCCACCUAGGGACGCUGAGGGCUUCUCAACUCCCAAGAUCUUCCGGAUGGCCCAACUGCUCACCUGGAAAGGGGCCUGUGGCAACAAGGAUGCUGGGGACAAAAGGGUCAUGGCCAGUGCUCAUGGCCCACAGAGCAGGGUGAGGCGACAGGCCCGAAGUAGUCCUAGAUACCUGGAGCUGUAUUUAGUGGCUGACAACACCCUAUUCGUGAAGCAGCAUCAGAACUUGAACCACACCAAACAGCGUCUCCUGGAGAUUGUAAAUUGUGUGGACCAGAUUCUCAGGACUCUGGACAUUCAAGUGGUGCUGACGGGCCUGGAAGUGUGGACAGAGCGAGACCACAGCCUUGUCACAGAAGACGCCAACGCCACCCUCUGGGCCUUCCUGCAGUGGCGCAGGGAGCUGCUGGCACGAAGGCCACACGACUCUGCGCAACUGCUCACGGGCCGCGCGUUUCGGGGCACCACGGUGGGCCUGGCGCCUGUUGAAGGCAUGUGCUGUGAGGAGAGCUCGGGAGGUGUGAGCGUGGACCACUCGGAGCUCCCCAUUGGUGCGGCAGCCACGAUGGCCCACGAAAUAGGCCAUAGCCUAGGCCUGGGCCACGACCUGGAAGGCUGUUGCGCGGAAGCCUUGGCAGAAGAGGGCGGCUGCGUCAUGGCAGCGGCCAGCGGGCACCCGUUCCCACGCGUGUUCAGCUCCUGCAGCCGCCGCCAGCUGCGCGCUUUCUUCCGCAAGGGGGGCGGCGCCUGUCUCGCCGCCGCCGGGGACCCCGGGCUCCUCGCGCCCCCCGCCCACUGCGGAAAUGGCUUUCUGGAGGCCGGCGAAGAGUGCGACUGCGGUUCUCGCCAGAAGUGCCCGGAGCCCUGCUGCUUGGAGCACAACUGCUCGCUGCGCGCGGGGGCCCAGUGUGCCCACGGGGACUGCUGUGCGCGCUGCCGGUUAAAGCCUGCAGGCACGCCGUGUCGACGGGCUGCAAGUGAGUGUGACCUCCCGGAGUUCUGCACUGGCACCUCUCCUCAUUGUCCCCCAGACAUUUACCUACUGGAUGGCUCACCCUGUGCCAAGGGCCGCGGGUACUGCCAAGAUGGUGCAUGUCCCACGCUGGAACAGCAGUGUCAGCAGCUCUGGGGACCUGAAUCUGAGCCUGCCCCUGAGGCCUGUUUCCAGGUGUUGAACUCUGUGGGGGACGCACGGGGAAACUGUGGCCAGGACAGCAAGGGCCGCUUCUUGCCUUGUGCACAGAGGGAUGUUCAGUGUGGGAAAUUGCAGUGCCAAGGUGGAGAGCCCAAUCCACUUGUGCUGCACACGGUGCCUGUGGAUUCCACAGUUGUCCUAGAGGGCUGCGACGUGGCUUGCCGGGGAGCUUUGGUGCGCCCUAAUGCUCCGCUGGACCUACUAGACUUGGACCUGGUAAAGCCAGGUACCCAAUGUGGACCUAGAAUGGUAUGCCAGGAUAGGCGCUGCCAGAAUGCUACCUUCCAGGAGCUAGAGCGCUGCCUGACUGCCUGCCACAGCCAUGGGGUUUGCAAUAGCAACUAUAACUGCCACUGUGCUGCCGGCUGGGCUCCACCCUACUGUGACAAGCCAGGCUUUGGUGGCAGCAUGGACAGUGGCCCGGUGAUGCCUGAAAACCAAGAUGCCUUCCUGUUGGCCAUGCUCCUCAGCUUCUUCUUGCCUCUGCUCCCGGGGGCUGGCCUGGCCUGGUGCUACUACCGCCUUCCAACCCUCUGUCACCAGAGAUUCCCCUGGGGCUGCAGGAGUGACUCCAUGCACAGUGGGCCCAUCCAUGGACCAUGCAGGGACCACUCCUUGGGCAAUGUUCAUGUCAUGGAGUUGAGCCCCACUGUCACUGGAGAGCCACAGUCCCUGGACCCUGAAAACUCCCAGGAGCCCACCAACCACCCUCAGAAGCUUGACCCCGGUAGACCUGUCUGAUCCCUGUCUGAGGUCAAGCCCAGAAGAUGAGAUCUCUGGGAGUGGGCCUCCUGGGGUGAGGUGACAAGACAGAGGACCACCAACAGCUACUCUGGGAACUCAGCUGAGCUCCUGAACCUUUGGCAGGUUGGAGGUUUCUUCUCCCAGUUGAGUUCCUCCCAACAUGCUUGCAGACCCCACAGCCUCAUCAGAAGUUCUUGAUGUUGAUAUCACCUAUCCUGAUCACACAAUGUCAGAAACAUAGGUGGAUAUGUUUGUGUCUUUCCAUAAUGCCGGAACUUAUUGAAUAACAAUAAAUUCACAACCCAUGUCAA